ACUGGCAUACAUGUACAACCUCAGCUCAUUGUGUGGGGGAUGGAUCCAGAAUUCACACCAUGAGCCGUAAUUCUGAACUACAAACUGAGGAGCCUGGUGCCUCCCGCAGAUCAUGGCCGUCGGGUGAGCGACUUUGCUUUCCGCAGCGGAUUUAGAAUAUUUCCUUUCCUUUAGAGUCCUGUAAGAGAUUUGGAAUAAAUGCUGGUGAGGGGGAGUGGGGCAGAGCAGGGGGCUGCACUGGGGGAGCUGUGUACGGUCCUGUCCUACCCUGGAGCAACAGUUUGUUCUGCCAUGGGGGUGCUGGUGCAGGUGGUUUGGUGGGAUUUCCAGAGACUCUUUGGGGGCACGUGCAGCCCUUCUUCCCCAUCCCCUCUCUGGUGGCUGGAACCCCCCAUCGCCCUCCCUCUGCCUCCCUUCCCCUCCCUCUGCUCCAGCUCCGGACGCAGAUGUGGCUCCCCGUGAGCCCCAGGGGCCUCCUGAGUUAUUUGGUGACUCUCCACGUCCUGCGGCUGGGAUCAGCUGACUUCAGAGUGGUGGGACGAGACCGCCCUCUCCAGGUCACCGUGGGGCAGGACGUCGUGCUGCCAUGUCACUUGUCCCCCAGCAUGGAGGCUCGAAGCUUGGACAUCAGGUGGAUCCGCCACCAGGCCUCUGAAACGGUGCACCACUACCGAAACGGAGAAGACCUGUACAGUGAACAGCUGAGGGAAUAUGUUGGGAGGACAGAAUUGGUCAGGGAUGGUCUCUCCAGUGGACGCCUGGACUUGCGAAUCUCUGGGUUGAGACCCUCUGACGAUGGUCAGUACGUCUGCACGGUGACAGAUGGUGCCUCUUAUGGAGAAGCUACGGUGGAUCUGGAGGUGGCAGCCACAGGCUCUUGCCCUCAGCUCUCCCUGGAGGCUUACGAGGACGGAGGCAUCCGGGUGGUGUGUCGAUCGGCCGGCUGGUACCCACGACCGGAGGUGCUGUGGAAAGAUCCCAGCGGGCAGCAUCUCCCCUCGGUCUCCCAGAGACAUUCCUCAGAUGCAAGGGGCCUCUUAGAAAUCGAAGGCGUCAUCGUUGUGACUGAUGGGAAGAGACUUGGGAAGUGGUCCUGCGUGGUCAGGAACAGACGCCUCAACCAGCAGCAGGAGACAUCCCUGCACAUCUCAGCUCCCUUUUUCCACAAUGCCCGUCCCUGGAUGGUUGGUGUGGCUGUGCUCCUCGUGCUUUCAGUUGCGUUCCUUGGCCUCGGUGCUUAUCUCUCAAGACGGACCUGUGGAUGAGUCAACGCAGGAGCAGGACACCCCAAAGCGCCUGUGGCCAUGAAGAAGUCCAGAGCAGAGCCCCUGCCCUGCUGCAGACACUGCCCGCUCUCCUCUCCUCCAUCCCGCAGCAGCACAUGUCUCUCUCUGCCCUGCCCAAGCCCACCCUGCCCAGGCACAGCACCAUGGCCUUCAAGAAAGCUUUGUGGGUGACC